AAGCCUUAAAAUGUGGUCUCUUGCCGUCACCCGCAUUGGGUCGCAUCCCGGGUUAUUUUCGUGGACUCCAGGCCAGCCAGUGGUUUUGCAGCGACAGCCUCAUCGGACAUUCUCGACCGAUGAUGAAUGAUGAAGUAUUGGAUCUCGCCCAUCGUAUGACUUUUUGGCACCCGCGCGGCCUGCCCUGCAUCGACCGCCGAUGAUCGACGCAAUCCGUCACACCGGGGAUUGCCUUCUUCCAUUCCAUAAACCGGUUCCUUUUGCUGGGCUGGAAUUCUACUGCUCGCGGGUGUCCAACCAUCGACCGAUGGCGGGUCGAUCAGCUGGUCGAGACCAUCUUGAUGCUCUCCGUCGAACAAUCUGCCUUUCCCCGGCUCUGCCCCGGGGGAUUGUUGUUGGAUGUUGGGGAAAGCAAAGGACCGAUAAGCACGGCCAACAUCACAGGGAAACUGAUAAAUCAUACAUAAUACGUAGGCUAAAUCCCACGACAGAAAAGGGAAGGUCGUUCUUGGGGGUCGUCAUCACCUCAUUUCAUCAUCAUCACCGCCCAAGAUGUUAUCAUCCUCAACCCCCAUUAUCGGGGACCACCCUCACCCUCCUUUGUCCCCGUCGGCGCUUCCUUGAAUCCUUCACCCUCUUCAUUCGACCACAUCAUGCUUACGACAGGGCCGUACACGGGGUCUCAGAUGAUAAGGAACAAGCCCUCGAUCAUCACAUGGUAGGGACGAGGGCCUCUUGUUCUCUUUCUUGAGACCGAGACGACGGAAAACACAAAAACACAAAAACACGAAAACACAGAAACACAAAAAAAAACACAAAAGUCGCGCUUGGCCCGUAGGCUACCCGGACAUCUCCAUGUUUGCCAGGUCGCCUAUGGAGCGGAUUCUCCAGAUUCCAUCCGCGAUAGCCGGUUCGGAGCUUUUGGACGGGACGUUCGUUACCAUUUGGAUACGUGGAAACGUACCAAACGGAGGACGUACGGCGCAGAGAAGGGGACACGCACUUCUCCAGAU